GAGGAACGUCGCCUGGCGAAAGUGCUUGAAGUGGUGUAUCUAUGUGCAUGUAGCUUCCGCAUGCAAAUUGAAUGAUUAUGUAUUGGUUCUUUGUCAAAACCAAAAGUAUAGUGACUGGUGACGACGCUUGCAAAAGAAAUGGAGCAGGAGCUAACCUAUGAAAUAGCAAUUAUAUAUAGUUACCUACAUUACCUAUACAGUGUGAACGUCGUCCCAGCAGACGGCUCGUGACGCGAAGCGGUAAGGCAAUCCAAUCGCGAACUUUUCACAAAGAUUGCACACCAGCAGAAGUCUGUGUGCGACGGAGCGUCUCAUGGAUCGUCAUAAUGUGCGUUUGAUCAGAUGCACAACUAAAACAAGCGUAAAACUUUCAUAUAUCUACUUGAAAUUCGAAAUCCGAAUGAAAAUGAAUGAGCCAGAGAUCUCUCAGUCUGAGGAGGUGUUCCUGUGUGGAAAAUUAGAAAGCAUUUUCCAGCUCAAUUGAAUUUGAAAUUCAACAGGAUCCCAAAUGAUCCAUGACAUCGGUAAAAAUUUUUAGAGUUAGACACUGACUCGCAAAAUACAAUCCGAAUAUCUGCAGGAUUUCUUUCAUUUCACAUGUUUUUUAAGAGAGAAGGCGCCUUAGUGUAUUUACUUUUUGUUUUUUAAUGUUCACAGACAGAUCAGAAGCAGGACGACCAUUACUGUAGAGAAAGGAAGAAGCGCUUUUUUUGUUGUCGUUGACUUUGCAAUCGUUAUUUUGGUUGCAUAGCAGACUAUGACUACUUGAGAAUUGUUUGGUCAAAUCAACCCUAAACCCUAAAACCCUUAGACUUAGAAGUUUCAGCAUCAUCAUGUUGAGUCGGAGUAAUUUGAUUCAAGAGUUGGACCCUAACGAGCGGGGGAACGGCGGCGAAGUGGCGUUAUUGGAACUUGAUGGCGCAAAGGCAGCGUAUAUUCGUAAGGCGGCAGUCUUCUUUCGAUCGACAGUUAAGGAUGCUAGGGCUCAUGUGAACAAGGAGAAUCUUCUUGCGGCGGACAAGACAGCCAUCAAGGCAUCUAGUGCUGGGUUCAAGAAGGGAUUUUUGUUGAAGUGAGAGCAGGUGGCAUGCAGUUGCGCAAGCACUGCUCCUCACACCGGAGAAGGGAGCGGAAGGAUUUGUAAAGCAAUUUGAGAAAUUGAAAUCUGAAUCUCAACCAAGUAAGUAAAAGAAUAAUAGACAUUAUUAGAAGUCCUGACGACGAGGACUACCUGUAGGAGUUGGAGUGUGUGCCACACGACUGUCGGGAGGUAGGUAGCAGCUUUUUUGGAAAAUGCUUGCAAGCUGCGCAUCCUCCCCUGCUGGAGCGACCUCUUGCCCUGGAGCGGGAGCCACUGCGACCGACACAGUACUAUCGUUGCGGGAGGCACGUAAACAGCGAAAGCAAGCAAAGCAGGUGGCCAAGCAACAGCCUGGAGCGGGGAAGUGCAAUUUUUUCCUUUCCCACAAAGCGCGCUUCUGUAAGUUUCCACAAAUGGAGGGCUCGCAAUUUUGUGUCUGUCACAACUUAACCACGGCCCCAGCGGCCCCCGCGCUCGUGGUAGUGGAGCGAGCUCCCAUAAUUCCAGGUGACUCCUGUUCGAUUGUAACAACAAGAAUUGACCCGAAAUUGGAAACAGUGGCAGUGCCAAAUGAAAACGGGCCCCGAGCAGACCAAAGGCAGGAUGAUGACGAUGUUCUGUGCCAGUUGGUGCCUGAAGCCUAUGCAGAAAAAAAGAGAGACAGCUCUCAAGCUCGACGCGCACGGACACGAGCAUGGAACUUCUCGAAAAAUGGCGCAUCCCGCAAUCGCAUUCCGUGCCCACUAGAUCCCACUCACAGCAUCUACGAGGACCAGUUGGAGAAGCACGUGCAAAAAUGUUCUAAAAACGCUCAGGAGAAUUUCGUAAAGGCCCAGCCUUGCUAUCGCCAGGGAUGCAACCUUCUCGGAAAAUUUGAGAAUGCACGCGAAUGGAGAGGUGAGUUUCGGAUUGACGUGAAAGCGGUACGGAACCUCUACCCCGACCGCUUGGUUCAGGAGAAGAAUUUUGCAAAGAUUAAAGCCACCUCAACCUGCAUGAAGAUGGACGUGCUCAACGGGAACAAUGGUCGUAGCCCGGCCACCUCUGAGAAGUUCUCGCAACCGGAGGACGCUGACGUGGGAGCCGUAGCACGCGCACGCGAAGAUCUACCGCUAAGUUCAUCCUCGGCGCACGAAGGCGGAGAAAUCGCAAGUGCGCAGUUUUCGAGGAGAGAUGCCGAGGACGAUCACGCAGCGGGGGCGGAGUCGGCGGCUAAGCUUGCGGGGAUGAUCAAGAUUCAUGACAUGGACCUCUCCUUCUGGCUUCCGCUUGUGCAUGCAGCGUACCGGGCCGCCUGCAAAAUGCUUGAGCUCUCGUGUGGCGAAGCGGAUGCGCUCGCAAGGGGGUGUCAUUUUCGUCGAGGCGGUUCCUUCACCAAUGUAGGCACCGCACCGAAACCGAAUCCCCGAAAGAGCUUUAGUGCAGCGCUGGUUGCGAACAACAAUAAUAAAUCAGAUGAGAAGGUGGACCACGAGCAAGAUGUAGGUACAGCUGCCGGCUUUGAGCUUCAUCGCCAACGUGAAGCUUUAGGUGAAGCGACCCGGUACACGAACAGUAAAGAUAGGCAGGAAGGCGAACAAGAACAACUAACUGCGACUUCCUUUCCGCCUGCGAAAAAACGACGAAAUGCAAAUGGGGCAGCCUGGUCGGACGAAAUAAUGAACUCGAUGCCACAACCGGCACCGGAAGGACGGGGGCCGGAGCUGCGCCUCGAAGUGGAGAAGCAGGUAGAGGUUCUGGAUCGGGUGGCAGAGCGUAUCGCCGUGCUAGAAAAUGCGGAUGGCAAGCACAAUCAGCAAAGCCGGAGCCUCGUCGAAACUUUUCUCGCAGAGGGGUUGUUAGCCGGAUGCGUCACAUGCGAACAAGAAACCAACCAGGAGGUCAAAAUUGGCAUAGAAGACUCCUUCGGAACCCAUUCACUGAUCGGUCGUAGUAGCGACGAAGAGAAACAACUUUUGUCGCCACCGAAAGACGAAGUAGUCGUGGGCGCUUCCACUAAUACUAGGGCUCCUCGCUGCCAUGAUGAAAGAGCGGGAAAACAGUUAAAAUCUCGCGUCACGACAACAACCGGGGUAGGAGUGCCAUUCUUCCUUGAGUAUGGAAGCGGGAAAGCGGGUCUCUCGAGGUGGUUGGGGCUUGCAUUCUCGGAGCUAGGCGGUGGAGCAGGCGCUGCGCAGUUUUUUGCGAUUGAGCGUGAGGCUCGCCGAAACAAGGCGGAAAACAAGCUGUCGUUGCCCAUCACGCGUCUGCGUCUGGACAUUGCUGAUUUCAAUCUUCAACAGCUGGUCAGGAAGGAUCACCCGCACACUAUGAAGCCCAGACUGCUGAACAGCGCAGAUGGUACACCAAAAAAUCCUGGAAGUCAUAAGCUUUUUAUUGAAAACGGGCCAAAUGCAAAUAUUAAUAUUGGAAAAGGGAAAGGCGAAGGCCCUGGCAUCAAUUUUGCAAAGAUGCCCGAAAACCAGAGAACACUGCUGCAAAAUGCCUGGCGCGUGUUUGACAAUCGUCCUGCUUGUAGCAGUGUGGUGGUGCACGCUAAACACCUAUGCGGCGGUGCAACAGACCUUGCUUUAUCCAGCCUUGAAUGUCUCAGCGAAGACGUUUGCGAAGAACAUCCACCGACUGUUGACAACAGCGGAAGCAGGAGCAUCACCGCUAAAGUGGGCAUUGCCACGUGUUGCCACCAUCGCUGUGACACAAAGACCUACGUAGCGCCCAAGUUCCUAGAGCUGCUUCUUCGCGAGGUAGCUUCGGGCUGUGUAAAGUUACGCGACUCCCAAAUCGAGGAAGAGCAGACAACACCGUCAAGGAAUGAGGAUUCAGACUCGUCGAGCCAUAAUAUCCAUACUACAGCUUGCGCCUCGCUUCCGUUGAUCGCUUCUACUACAGACGCAAGUGAAGGAACCCUGCUGUCACACAGGACGAUCACGGUGCAGGAGUUCUUCGAGGCGUUACUUCCUCUGACUUCGUGGGCCACCUCGGAUUUGAACUCGGCCCAGAAGCGGUUCGUCGGCGUGAAGGCGAAACGCAUUUUGGACCUGGGGCGAGCCUGGUACUGCCACACCGUAUUGGGAAUGGAGCGCGCACGUCUCCUGAAUUACGUCCCUGCAACGACUUCCCCGGAGAACGCAGUGCUACUCGCAAUAUAGAAGCAGUAUAUCGCGGCUACAAGAUAAUGGGCGACCCUCUUCUUGCUGACCUAUAGCUAUAUUAGAAUCCAGGUGGACAAGACAAACAAUAUUGGCUAUCAACAAAUCAUGCAGACGAAUUAUAGCAAAGAAUAUUACGCACACGCAGGCAGUAUGAUACCGGUCAAGGGCCCCUAGAAGCAUGGCGCCAGAAUCAGAUUAGCAUUCUGAGCCCCGUUGUUCCC